AUGGGUCGCACCAAGGACGAGCUCCUCGCGCGCCUCGAGGAGCUUAAGAUCGAUUUCAAGCGCUACGACCACCCGGUUGUGCUGACGGUCGAGGAGCAGGCCAAACAUGUGGGAAAUUUCGGAGGCGCGUUGACUAAGAAUCUACUUCUGAAGGACAAGAAGCACCGGUUGUAUAUCGUUUCUGCACUUGCUGACACCAAAGUUGACAUGAAAAUUCUGUCCCAGCGUCUUGGUUUGGGAAAAGGUGGCGUGCGGAUGGCUCCUGAGGAGAAUUUGCGUCAAGUGCUUCAGGUACCGUUAGGAUGUGUUACUCCGUUUGCGCUAUUCAAUGAGUCCGCGAGUGCCGUCUCAUUAUUACUGGACCAAGGGUUCAAGUCUAAACAGAGCUGCUACUUCCAUCCACUGACAAAUGAUGUGACUAUUGCCCUCAGUUCAAGCAACCUGGACAAGUUUCUCCUCUCCAUUGGGAAGCAACCAGCUUAUGUAGACUUGGAGGCCUCACCAGUGGUAGGUAAAGAUAAUCCCCCUGAUCUAGCAGAUCUUGUGCCUUCUGGUGCAUUCUGUUCCUCAGAAGAAUCAGUUGAGAAUCCGACUCCUAAAGAUGCUCCUCAAGUCAACGUACCCAAAGAGAAAACAUGUCUACCAGAAGUGAAGGCUAAGCCCAAAGUUCAGAAGAAGGGGGCAGAAAGUUCAGAGAGUAAAGUUCCUACUAAUAAUGGCGCAAAUGUUGAGAUAUUUGCAAGUGAUGUGCUUGAGGUCAUCUUCCCAUUGUUCCUGUCUGAGGCAUCAAAGAAAUUGAAUAUUAAACAGGAAGAGCUUACUCAAAUUUUAAAAUUAGAUGACUUUAAACGACGAGCUGCUCCAGAUCUGGAGAGUGUAACGAAUAUGUUCAAAAACGCAGCAUACACUGCAGGAUUUCACGCUGGCUUUGAUACCAUGCUCAAGUCGGGUUUAGGUGGGAUGCCCUCCCGGAAAUAG